AUGUCGCUAACGCUAAAAGCCAAGUGCUUCAAUGGCCAAUCGUACGACCUGAAGCUACCCUCGGCCUCGAUCCCCGUCUCUGACUUGCAGGACCAAAUAUCCACUGCCUCCGGCAUCACUCCCGACCGUCAAACCAUCCUCUUCCGCGGCCAAGUCCUAGACCCGACCACCUCGACUUCGGACUACCCUCUUACGGAAGGCGCGAUAAUCUCUGUCGUCAGACGCAUCGGCAAGCCCUCCUCAAGACCCCCCCCAGCUGCCACCAAGUCCGCCCCUUCCCCCUCUGCUGCUGCCGCCGCCCCCGCUGCAACCGCCACAGAGACGCUGCCUUCAUCCGGCCCUGUACCUGCUACGGGUGCCCAGCCUUCCAUUGAGGAGAUGAUGCGUGCGAUGAACAUGGGGGCGUCAGGCGGCAACCCCGCCGCCACCCCGCCAGACUUUUCCGCCUUGCUCAACCAAAUGGGUGCCGCUGCGGGUGCUGCGGGUGCUGCGGGCGCCGCGGGCGCCGCCCCGGGCCCAGGUGCGGGCAUUCCGGACCUUGCAUCAUUGAUGGGCGGCGCGGGAGGCGCCCCGCUUGGUGCAGGCGGGACCCCGGCGAAUAUGGAGCAGCUCCUCGCACAACUGCCUCAGAUGAUGAAUGGUUUGAUGAAGACGCCUAUGUUACAGGAUUAUCUCAACGACCCCGAGAAGCAGAAGCAAAGCCGCGAGGCAUUGUUGAGCAAUCCUAUGUUGAAGGGGCUGCUAGACUCGGACCCGGAGUUUGCAAAAGUAGUCAAUGACCCGGAUAAAUGGCAGCAGAGCAUGCAGGCCGCAAAGAGCCUCUUUAAUGUAGAAGGGGAGACAGCCGCCGCAGGUGGGGACGGCGCGUCUGGAGCGGUGACGGAUGGGACUGCGCCGUCGGCUACGGAGCGUUCGCUGAAAAGCGCAGGGUCGCGAGUAUCGGCCGCGGAGAUGGCACCUCCGGGGAUUGACAUCAAGAAGUUAUCGGAGAGCUACGGGCAUGCACUUGGGCAGAGUUUGAUCAACUCGGGGUUGGGGUUGGACCCGGACCUGGUAGUAAAGGGAUUGAAGAGCGCGGUAGAUGGGAAGUCGUUCCCGAUGGCGCUGCCGGAAUAUGAACGGUCGAUGGCAUCGUUGCAGAAUAUUGCUUCAGAGUUUCUAACCAAGGCCAACCUUGAUGACGCCAACAACUUCUUCCAGGAAUUUAAGGCGGACGGGCAGGGGGUGAUUUUAGAAGAAGGGAAGGUGGCGUAUGAGCGCGCGGAUGUGGAGCCGGAUGCGACGCAACCGGCGGCAGAGGAGACUUCGACAGUGCUUGUAAUUGUGACAGCGAGGUUACUGGAUGGGCGGCACUUUUUCACAUGCCCGGCUGCGGAUGAGACGGGGGAAUCGGUUCAUCCGCUCACCCUUCCGCUGAAGACUGCGCCGCCGGCGCUCUCUAAGGGGAUUGUGGGGAUGCGGGAGAACGAGUCGCGGCUGUUGUAUGUGCACCCCGAGGCAUGCGACGGCAUGUCGGACAUGUUUGGAGAUUUGCUGCCACCGAAUGCGCUGCUCAUUUUCGACCUGCAGUUGGUUAGCGCUAAUGCUCCAGAGGAGGAGGCGGAGGCGGAGGCGGAGGCGUAG